CGUGCCAGACCCAAAAGUUCAGUUUCGAGAACGCAUAUUCCGGACAAACAUCCAGCGGAAAUUCAUUUCGUUGAGAAUUCAAAUCCAGCCACGAAAGUAAAUAAACAAAGUCGAACUUGACUCGUGUGCAGACGGAGAAGUCAAAAGGUCCACAAACAUGGGCUGUGCCACGACCAGCGUUAAGAUCACCUCCAUCGUUCUGAAUGCCAUUUUAGGGUUUCUGGCUGCUGGGGCUAUAGGCUGGAUAGCUUAUAAUGCGGACACAGAGACCGAAGAAUUCGUUGUGGCUGCCUACAUAGCGUGCUCGGUCAUCUUGCUGUUCUCAUUGCUGGGCAUCUUCGCGGCCAUCCGGGAAUCGGUGGUACUAACAGCGACGAGUGCCGUGUUCCUGCUGAUCCUGGCCAUCCCGCAAAUCGUGAGCACCUGCCUGUUCCUCCACCAGUACGAUGUGAAGAGUGGCCAGGAGAUGGUGGAGGUGGCCUGGCUGGCGAACAACAUGGAUGCAAUGCAACAGAAGCACGAGUGCUGCGGCAAGAACAGUGCCCAGGACUACGUACACCUCACCCAGCAGAUCCCGCCCAGCUGCUACGCCGAUCUGGUCCUAGCGCCAAGCCAUCUGUACGUGGAGGGGUGCAUCGAGAAGCUGCAGACGUUCUAUGAGGAUGACAAGCUGCGCUUUAUCAUAGUAUCCUGGGUUCUCGUGGCCUUCGAGUUAAUUUGCUUCGCCUUGGCCGUUUUUUUGGCAAUUAGUUUUAAGAACAAACAGCGACGCAUGGAGUUCUAGGACAGUGGAAAGUUCGACCUGAACUCACAGUACAAACGAACUCGGAUUUUGAAGUAUCGCUGGUAUAUCUCGCUUCGACAUUUCGUAACCAAAUUUAAUGGACAGUCAUAAAUUAUUUACUCCUACCUUUAACUUACCUGUAAUUAAAGUACAUAUUUAUAGUUCAAUUACACAUUAUAAGUAUCAUAAUAAAUGUACGCCAUGUUUGUUUUCACACGA